UGGGGCACUGAUCACCCCUCAUAGCGGAGGCAGCGCUGCUCUGUCCUCCUCAGACAGCGGACAGAACCUGCCGGAUGUACCGAUGGCUUUGCUCCCUGCUCACUUCCCGGUGAUGUUGGCGUGUGUUUCUGCUUAUUGGUGCCAUCCUGCCGGCGGUGUGUCCGGUCAGAGCGACUGACCGUGGAUGUUUGGCAGCAGGGAAGCGCUCCGGCUUGGCUUGUUUCUUCAGGCAUUAACGGCGCUUUAAAAACACCUCCACCAGUGCUGGAGUGAGAACCGACUGGAGCUGUCUGGUGGGCCCUACUGUGCUAUGGUUCUAAGAACCUGAAGUUUCUCCCUUACAGAAAGCUUUUUAAUCCCAUCUUGAAUCCUACGUGAUUCCUCGAUGGGUUCCCGUAGCCAGAGCUUCUUCCAUAACCACCAUCACCACCACCAUCGCAGCUCCAUGGUGCCCGCCACAGUGCCAAGGCUGCUGCAGGAGACUGGGAGUCUGCUGGGGGGCAUUGCUCAAAUCACACCAAACCUCUUUCUCAGCAGAGGGAAUGUAGCUUCCAACCGCAGCCUGCUUCUAUCCAAAGGAAUCACCUGCGUGGUCAACGCCACUAUCGAGCUGCCCAACUUCAACUGGCCACACAUGGAGUAUGUGAAGGUCCCGCUGGCAGAUAUGCCUCACUCGCCCAUCUCCUUGUAUUUUGACAGCGUGGCCGACAAGAUCCACAGCGUCGGACGCAAACGAGGUGCUGUGCUGGUGCACUGCGCGGCCGGGGUGAGCCGGUCGGCCUCGCUGUGCCUGGCGUACCUGAUGAAGUACCACCGCGUGUCUCUGGCUGAAGCCCAUGCUUGGGUCAAGGCCCGCCGUCCUGUCAUCAGGCCCAAUGGGGGCUUCUGGCGCCAGCUGAUCGAUUAUGAGAGGAAGCUGUUUGGCAUGAACUCUGUUAAGAUGGUGCAGACGCCCUAUGGUAUCAUGCCUGAUGUUUACCAAAGGGACCGCAGGACCCUCGCUCCUUACUGGGGCCUGUGAACGUCUGUGCUGCCCGUCCGUUCACAGUGAGGGAUUAAGGUGACUUUAAUCCGCAGUCCUGGCAGGCUGAGACCUGUUCCUGUCAGGUGAAGUAAGAUGUGUGAUUGUAGAUGUUUCUGAAGCUUAUUUACCGAAAAAGAACAAAGGAAAUUUAACCAAACGAUGUUGAUCGAUGGUGCUGCUGUUUAGCCUAGGAGUUUGAAGCAAAGCAACUUAAAGCCUAAAAUACGUCAACCCCAAUGAUCCGAUGGUACCAUGCUGGACUUAACACCCACAGAUUUAGA